CCUCGCGGCCCCGAUCCGACAUUUCGCUGCAUCCGCCGACCAGAUAGACCAUGCGCAAGCCGCGGACAUGAGCACCUUUGGCAGCCCGGGAAAGCUGCCGGCGACGAGGCCGACGCCGCCGCAACGUGGAAGCUUCCCGCUGGACCACGAUGGCGAGUGCAAGCAUGUCAUGACCGAGUACCUGGCGUGCAUGAAAAAGGUGCGCGGGCUCAACGACAACGAGUGCAGAGACCUGGCCAAGGCCUAUCUCUCAUGCAGGAUGGACCGAAAUCUCAUGGCCAGGGACGAAUUCAAGAACCUGGGUUUUGCAGAGCAGCAAAAAGCGCCGCCGGCUGACAAGCCCACCGAUGCCGAAAAGGGCGUCAAAGGCGAGCUGAGGUGGUGAGGCGUUGAGCUGGUCCGAGUCUCAUUUGUUGCGUGUCUGUCUGUCUGAGAGCGGGCCGACGCUCCGCACGCUUCCGCGGCAACGGCAGGAAGGAAGUAAACUCUAUCGUGUACAAUAGUGAGAAGCCUGUAUGUAGCAGCAUACCGACAUUCUUUUCUGAUGCAAGCAAACGGGCGGUGUCGCGAGCGUGGUGG